UUCUGGGAGCCCAUUCUUAUAUCACCAUUGCUGAACUUUUACAAAGAUAUAAUGUUUUUAUUAAGAAAACUAGAAACGAUGAAGAAAUCCUCGAACAGCCUAUAAAAUUCACUAAAGUUAAUAAACGUGAAAGUAAUAUUAGAACUCAGCCUAAUAUUAUUAAAGAACUUUCCUACCAUCAACAAGUAGCAGAUAUGAACAACAUUCAAAGCAUUAAAACGAAUGAAAAAACCUCUGAAUUGGACGAAGGAAUAAAAGAAGACAAAUAUAAGAAAAAAAUAAAUGAAACAAGCUCCGAAUUGAAUGAAAGAUCCGAUUAUUAUACUAUAGCUUCGAAUAUAAAUAAUAGUUACCCUAAAGAACCCGGAAAUGCUAAUACUGAUAAUAAGGAGACUUGGUAUCCUUGUAAUGAUACGAUCCCCGAAGAUUGGUUGGGCUCAAAUAAUGAUGAAAAUUUGUAA